AUGGACCGGUACCCCUUCGGCGACGAGAACGCCGUUAAUUUGGAGAUGCAUCUCCCUGGAUUCUCCGAAAGCCAGGGGCUGGCCUGUACCGAGGCUCUCAACCACGAUUUCUGCCUAAACGUGAAAGACGUGAUGUACGCGGGGCUGAGCGGCUUGGACGCGGGGCCUGGCCUUCCAGCUGCGGAGGCGGGCAGCGAUGCUCUGGAGGCCGAUUUAAACGCGCUCUCGCUGUACCCGGCGAAGGACCGCGACGCUGUUCCGCUCCUCGAUGAGCCUGACUCGCGGCCCUGGCAGCACGAGCCGGGGCUUCCCGCGCUGACGGGACUGGAGGAGGCUGGAGGAGGCGGCGGCAGAUCUGCGGGGAGAGGAAAGCCUCCCCUCUGCUCUCCUCGGACCUCGCUGCCGGGCUGCAGCCGCUGCGGGAAGGUGUUCGGCAGCGCCAGCGCUCUCAGCAAACACUGCCUGACUCACAGCCAGAAACGGGAACACGUCUGUACCAUCUGCAGCAAGGCCUUUAAACGGCCCGACCACCUGAGCGGGCACAUGUUGACGCAUCAGAGAAUAAAACCUUUUGCGUGCCCGGAACGAGACUGCGAUAAGAGUUACUGCGACCAGCGUUCGCUGCGCCGGCAUUAUGAACUGCAGCACGGCUUGUGCAGCUUGAAGGAGGCUGCGAAGGAAGGUGCCAGGGAGGAAUCCCCGCUUCUUCCCAGUCCGUAUAGCCAAGGCGGCGGGAAAUCGGCGGACAGACUGACCGCGCGCUCAGAGUCGGGCUCUUUCCCGCCCGAAAGAGACCCGCUGAGGUGCGCUGUGAGCGGCUUGGCAAAUCGGAAGCUUCCCUUGGCCGCCUUGCCCCCCGCGGAGCCUGCGGGUCCUGCCUCGGCAGAUUCCUCCCCAGCAAGCCGGGCCUCUUGCCUCGCGUCUGGCAGCAGUGGACUUUCGGAGCCCACAGGAGACGAUAUACCGAAGGAUCGCCUCUCUUGCCAAAGGAGCGCCGCUUCUUCCACCGUCUGUGCCGUAAUAAAGCCCGGCGACGUGUCUGCGAUUGCGCCGGGCGAGGACGUAGUUACCAAUCUGACCAGUAGGUCUUUUAUUUCGGAAGCCCAGUGGCCCUCGGAGCCCGCGGGGCCGCAGUGUUGUCCCAACAGCGCCCUGCCUUGUUUUCCCGUCUUCAGAGGGCAGAAGCCGUCCGCAAGCCAGUCCAGCAGUCACGUUCAGUGGCUAAGAAACCUGCCGCUUUGUGCUAAACCCAAUAGGGACAGCGUCUGCCUUGCUCGCGAGCCGCCUGUCGCAGCGCAGGGUGUUUCGGAGGGGUCAGCUGGACCUUCCCACGCGUUCCCAGCCGCCUACGAGUGUCCGGACGCCAUGUCUUUCCCCGUUGCGCCUUUUAAAGCCGAAGAGGACGCGCCGGGUGAGUCGGCCCUCGGUUGUUUUGAGGAAACCUUUCAGUCGGUGAAAACCCACAGCUCCCACCCAUGGGAGAACGCUGGGGAGUUGACUUUUCCGGAGCUUCCGAAGCGCGGUGCGCCGCAGAGCGAGACCUGGCAGCUCUUCCCGAAACCCCAGGAGCCCGCUGCGUGCCUGGAGCCGCUGCUGGUGCAGCGGCACCUCUUCCAGGCAAUCGCCAAGUCCCAGCAGGUCCUGUCCCACGCCCAGGCGCUGGCUCCGUCCCCGCUGGUGGCUCCCGAGGCCACCAACCUGCUGGCGAACGCCCUCCAAGAGGGGUUUCAGCAGCCGCCCCCCUUGGCUCCCCAGCUUCCGCAGCCGACGGAGCGCGGAGGGCCUUCCGCGCACCCCCAAAACGCCGUACCCCGAUUCCAGGGCGUUUCAUCGGACGGGGAGAAAGACGGAGCGCAGGCAGCCCCUGCUUUUCGGGAGAAGCUGACGGCUGGGCUGGGCUGCGCGGCUCCCCCGAGUCAGGUGGCCAUGGCGUCCUUCUCCUCGGCGCCGGCGGCCGGCGGCACGCGCAGGCUGACCAUUUUCAACAGGAUUCAAGGUGGAAAUAUCUACAGCCUCACUAACGCAGCAAAGGAAGAAAACUUGUCAGCUGGGUGGGACUGCACGCCUCUGGCGUUUUCCCUGCGAGUAAAGCGUGGCUCUGCCACCUUACCGCCCAGGCCAGGGAGCUUGCCGUUCACGGCGCCAGACAGCAAGCUGCUCCCUGGCAAAAGGGAGAUUUUUAUCACCUACGUCCUCCCGAGCAGCAGCGCGGGCCCCGCGCAGCCUCGGCAGAGGUGCCUUUCCUGCCGUGUUGCUAACCGUCGCAGCCGGACGACUGGUGCUGUUACUGCUGAUGGCAGGGGCUUUAGCGGCCGUCUCGGCAAGAGCUGCGGUCAGCUGGCUUACACCGAGCACGGUCUGGAGAACCACGCGUGUUUUCGUGGCGAACGAUGGCACUCACCGCGACGGACGGAGGAACAGCAGGUGUGCGGCGCGGGAGGCGGCAGCACUCGGGAGCGGCCGCUGGAGGCAGCGGGAGGUGGACGCUGUCCCUCAAAACCCGAGGUGCCUUCGGAGGACGUCACGGUGGCUCCUCUGGUGAUUCCUGUCUCGGUACCGGUGAUGGCUACGAACUCGCCGGCAGGGAACGAGCGCCUUGAACUUGUUCCGCUUCUUUUCCGUGAUAGAGAGGGAUGUUUGGAAUUGCUUGUCCAGGUUACCGAAAAGGAAAGCCCGGAUGGGAAGGACCUCAAAGAAAGCCCGCACCAGAAGAAGAGGAAGAGGCAAACGCGGCCGAAAUCGCUUUUUAUCCCACCUCCACCGGCCCCCGAAGCCCAGCCGGGGAUGGGGGGGUGUUACCAGAGUAACCUUCGCUCGCCCGUGUUCCUGGUGGAUCACCUGCUGAGGGACUUGUUCCAGUGCUCUCCUUACACGCCGCCUCCGAUGCUCAGCCCCGUGCGGGAAGGAUCGGGCCUCUAUUUCAGCACUCUCUGCUCUUCCUCUGCUAACGGCGAUCCCAACCAGCUGUUCGGCGCUGCGCUAGGCAGAAUGGACAGGGACUUUGGCUUCUGUCUGAUGAAGGAUACCACCAAGAUCGGCGUUCAGCCCCACAUCAACAUCGGAAGUCGAUUUCAGGCCGAGGUACCGAACCUCCGGGAUAGAUCCCAUCUGGAAGAGGACGAACCGGCAGCAUCCUUGGUGUGGAAGCCCUGGGGAGACAUCGCAACCAACCCGGAAACGCAGGACAGAGUCACGGAACUGCUCAACAUGGCCUGCUCCAGCGUCAUGCCGGGGGGAGGAACGAACCUAGAGCUAGCCUUGCAUUGUCUGCAUGAGGCACGCGGCAGCGUUCUGGAGGCUCUGGAGAUGCUGCUUUUUGGGGCGCCUCAGAAAUUGGAAUCCCACCCUCUGGCUAAUUACCGUUACGCAGGUUCCGAUACUUGGACGCCUCUCGAGAAGCGGUUGUUUAAAAAGGCUUUUUGUGUACACAAGAAGGAUUUUUACCUGAUCCAGAAGGAGAUUCAGACUAAGAAUGUGUCCCAGUGUGUUGAAUAUUACUAUAUCUGGAAAAAAAAAAUAAAAUUUGACUACAGUCGAGCUCAAGUGAUAGAAAAAAAGGUCAAGAGAGACAAGGAUGAGGUGGAAGAGACUGAAGAAAAGGCUGCUUGCAGCCCGAAGAAGAGGCACCGCCUUCUGCCCGAGGAAAGCAUGAAGAUAAAGCAGAGGAGCGACAAGAAGCUGCCCCGCAGCGCAGGCAGCCCGUCCCGCGUCCCGAGCGGGUCUCCCUACCCGGCGGGCAGCGCAGGCGACCGGGGUCUGUUUCCGUGUCGAGAGUGUGAAAGGGUGUUUGACAAGAUAAAAGGCAGGAACGCUCACAUGAAAAGCCAUCGCCUGCGGGAGCAGGCGGAGCGUCUCGCAAAGAUGAAAUGGCCCUGGAAGCAUUUUAAAAGCGAGGCAAAGCUGGAAGAAACCCAGGCGCUGACCUCCUCCGGCGUUAAAGCUGGAGACCGCAAAGCCGCUGAGUCUGGGGACGCUCCAGGCCGCAGCUUGCCGUCGCCGCGAAGCUCCUUCGCUCGCCAGGCCAAAUGCCAACGCUUCCUUCGUUUUGCUGUUGCAAAAUACGAGGGUGAACCUUCGGGUCUGGGCCUCGCCAAGCGGCUUUACCCCGAGGAGAAGGAGGCUUUGCAGCGCGGGCGCCACCCUGAUCCUUCCGCUUCUCGUAACUUAGGAAAAUCCCGGGGUGAUUUUGCGUUUUCGCUGACGUAUCUUGUGGGCGUCGUCACGCUCUUCGGCGGCGAGGACGGGACGCCCUCGCCGUCCCUUCGCUUUGCCAGCCCUGUGCGGCAGGACACCCCGAAGCACGCCCUCCCAGGCCGACGCGCGCUCCGCGGCGCCCGGAUCUCCCCCGAGCCGCCCUCCUCUCGCGCCGCGGUCGAGUCGCGUGGCAUUUGUGGAUGA